CAAAUUCUAUUGGCGCCAUGAGUAAUCCUAUUCAAGAACACCCUUACGACCCUUUCCAAUCCUUCUCCACUCUCUGUCUCAACAACUCCUCCUCCUCCUCCGCUGUCGACCCUUCACUCUGUUCUUCAUGCUUCCGUCCUCACUCUCGCUCCACCGCCACUCCCAUGAAACGCCCCUCCCCCACGCCCCCGUCUCAACAACCCUCCACCGCCCCCACUUCCAAGAACCUCCUUCUUGAUCAUCAACAACCCAAUUCCAUCCCUUUCUCCAAGAUUAAUCUCCCCAUUCCUUUUCCUCCCUCUGUUUCCCCUCUCCGCCGCUCUCUUUCCGACCCCACCGAUGCCUGCAAUUUCUCCCCUCCUCCGCCGCAUACUCAAUCCCCGGCAAAACGAUUAUGCCUAAACUCACCACUCCCUCCCCUGCCUCUCCGCCGUACUGUCUCUGACCCAAACCCAAACCCCGCCCCUGAAAAAUCUUCCGAUUCCCCAAUUAAAUUUCAGAAAGACAGCCCUGACUCGAAGAGGCUGAGAAGAAUUAAGGAUCGACUGAAGGAGAUGAAUAAGUGGUGGAACGAAGUAAUGAGUGAAGAAGAAAAACACGAUGAUGAAAUGGAGACGAAAAAGAGAGACAAUGAAGAAGAAGAAGAAGAAGAAGAAGAAGAAGAAGAAAAAGAAAAAGAUGAUGAAGAAACAGUGGGAGUGGAAAGAGUUGGAGAUUCAAUGACACUAAAAUUGAAGUGCUCAUGUGGGAAGCGAUUUGAGAUUCUUCUAUCUGGAAGAAACUGCUUCUACAAAUUGUUGUAGUUCCAACUUUUUUUUUUUUGUACAUAAUUGAUUUGGUUUGAAAAGCCUAAUAAAAUGAUGGAUAAGUACAA